AUGAAGAAAUUGAAGAGUAAACUGGAAAGUACAAAUACAGAUAGUUUUGGAAUUUCUAGAACUGACUUUACUAGAACUUAAAAAUCACAUAGAAGAUAUUUGAUAAACAAUAGUUCAAUAAAAUUCUAAACUGACUCUAGUGAAUUGAAUAGAUUGGAAUUAGCUUAAGAAAAUUCUAAGAUUGUCAAACCAAUUUAUUUGAAUAACAUUAGAUCAUAAAAGAAAUCUAGAAAUAUAAUAAAAAGAAAUAAUUUCUAUAACUUAAAAAAGAUUCCUUCAAUAAAUAGUUAAGAUUUAUAUUAAAAGAGUAAUAGAUAAUAACAAUUAUCUUAAUAUAUAAUUAAGUUUUAUUCUGAUGAAAUAUCUAGUCUUAAAGAUAUUUAAACGAUAGAAGACUAAGAAAUAGAUAAUUAUGUCUUAAAAUAUUUAAAUGAAGCUUAAAUUAGUUUAGAUAUUCUAAUUAAGAAAUUGCAAUAAUUGUAACAAUACAAAUAAAACCGAGAGAAGAGUGAAUAAGAAAUGAAAGAGAUAAUGUAGGAAUGCUUUAAAUAGAAAAAUAUUUGUAUUUAAUAAAGAUUUUGUUAUAUAUUUGGUAAAAUGGAACAGUUAUUUUUUAAUCCAAUAUCUGGAGCUAUUUACUUUAAAUUAUGCAAAAGACUCUCUGAUAAUGAAUAAUUCUAUCGAAAUAAAAUGAAAGCAUAUAGAGGUUUAGGAGAAUGUUUAUUAAGAGUAAGACCCAAAUUAAGCUAAUUAUAUUUUACAAAAUAUUUGAUGUCAGCUUGGAAAUUAAAUGAAAAAAAUCAUGAACUUUAUGCUUAUGAUUUACUUGGAAAAUAUUAUUUCUAUGUAGGUUAAAUAGAAAAAGCCAAACUAUUCCAUGAAAAAAUGAUUGGAGGAUAUUGUGAAGUAUUUAAAUUCUUAUUAAAUAAAAAGGCACCAGAUUCAAGAGUGAGAGUUCUUGCUCAAAGUAGAUUGGAAUAAGGAAGUUUAUCAAAUAGAAUUAAUAGAGAACAUUAAGUAGUUGAUAUAGAUGUAGUUACAUCUGAUGAUGAAUGUUAUGAAAUUGUAUUAACUUAACCCUAGCAAGUUUAAGUGUCAAUUGUUAGUGCUGUUAAAUAUUUUUAAAGAAAAAUUCCAGAUUCAAAAUUAGUUAAAGAAGAAGCAAACACAAAUAUUAGAUAAAAGAAACCUAAAUUUAAUUCUUAAAUCUUAGAAUCUGGAGGUUAAUUUGAUAUGUCAAAAUUAGUAAUAUCUAAUCCUCAUCUUAAUAUUGGAAUUAUCAAAGAUAGAGUAUUAUUAAGUCAUAUGACUCCAAAUAGAAAAUUAGAAAUGUAUUAAUAUUUAUGCCUAGCAAAUGAUAAGAAUUCAUUCAAUAAUGUGAAUCAUUUAUCUGGAUUGUAUGAUAAAUUUGAAAUAGGUAAAAUUGGUAAGUAUUUAAAUAAACUUAUCUUUCUUUUGAGUACAGUUUAACAUUGGAUCAUCAACUAAUAAAAACUUAAAACAAACAACAAAAGAUAUCCUCUUGCUUGA